ACUCGUACACCUCUGCAAUGUUUAGUAUUUUGUUGUCAAAAUAUUCCCAAGUGAUUCUUGUUGCCGAAAUAUAAGAAAUUUUUAAUAAUAAAGGAAUAAAAUCCACAAAUAAUUCCAGUGAACUAAAAGAAAUUAAACUAAUAUAUUAAUUUUGAAUUAAUUAAAACAAUGCUGACCCAUACUGGGUAUGAUUCUUCACAGGGUGAAAUCUUCAACUAUUUGUGAGAGCGAUAAAUUGUGAUAAAAGAAAGGACGUGUUGGGAAAAUUAAAGGGAUAUAAUAGAAAAGAAUGAUGGAUGUAGAACGUUGCCCAGGAUUGUACUGCGGGCGAAUAUUCUUUGAUGAAAACAACACAUGGAGCAAUUGUGGAGCAUGCCCUCGGGGCUACCGUGUUAAUGAGAGCUAUGCUUGUGCCCUUUGCAAUGAUGAGCUGUCCAUGUACAAUUAUCUGUAUUUGGGAUUCAUGGCAGUGCUUCCGCUCGUCAUGCAUUGGUUCUUUAUUGAUGUGGCAGCAAAGGAGAGGGGCUUCAGCAAGGGACAACUUAUUCUCCACUUUAGUGCUUUCAUUGAAGUGCUGGUAGCUGCUGUUGUGACCCUUCUGUCGAUGGAACCAACGUGGAAUCUGAAGAUCUAUGCCUGCCCCGUCAGGCGUCUAUCAGAUUGGUACACACUCUUCCACAAUCCAACGCCGCAAUAUGGAAAAAAGCUCCACUGUACACAGGAAGCCGUCUACCCGCUUCAAACGAUGGUAUUGCUCUUUUACUUUAUCUGCCUUGUUAACAUGAUGCUCCUGAGGCCACUACUCAACAGAAAAUUCCUCAAGGCAGGAAAAUUCGCCGUCUACUGUGCCCUCUAUUUUCUUCCCAUUCUCACUGUUCUGCACGCAAUUGCCGGCGGGCUUAUAUAUUAUGCAUUUCCCUACCUAAGCAUCAUCAUCUCAAUGAUUUCAAAUGCAACACAUUUCUCAAUAAAACUCGAUCAAUCCAUGAAGUCACUAAUGAAGACAUCCCUCACAGAGAUAAAGAAUGUUGUGAUAAUAGUUGGUCACUGGCUGCUAAUGGCGUAUGGAAUUCUCUCACUCCGCCAACAUUAUGCUUUCCUCGCGUUUGUUCCCUUUCCAGCAAUUUUCUACAUUUUAACGGUCAAAUUCACUGAUCCCGCUGAAUUUCGUGAUAAAGAUCGAUCAGAGAGAAACAGCUAAAGCACCGUUGGGACUAAAUGGUAGCAUAUUCUAUGUGAGUCACAAAAACUGAAAUGUGUUAUAAAUUAUUCUUAAUAAAAAGAGAGAAGUUUGUGUUGAUAG